AAUUUUUUUAAUAAUACAUAUUAUUAACAAUACAUAUUAAUAUGUAAUAUUAAUAACUGAUCACCUGUUGAUGGACCGUCUCACCGGAGGAGGAGAUAACGACUAUUAAGGAAAUAUUUGUUAAUAGUUUCAAAUCAAAAACAUUAAAACAACAUAAACACUAAUCAGACUGAAGAGAGACGAUGGGCUUCGCUGACCUGCUGGAGGAGGUGGGCGGGUUCGGCAGGUACCAGUGGCUUCACGUGACUCUGAUCAGUUUACCGGGUCUAUUGAUGGCGAGUCAGAACCUGCUCAACAACUUUGUCUCAGGAAUCCCUGCCCACCACUGCCGCCUGCCGGCCAAUCACAGCCUCUACAGUCUACCGGCCAAUCACAGCCUCCACAACCUGUCUCUCUACCAGGUGGAUGAGAGGCAGCUCCUGAAAGCCUUCAUCCCUCUGGACUCUUCAGGAACUAGACUGGACCGCUGCAGGAGGUAUGUGGAGCCUCAGUGGCAGCUGUUAGCUGCUAACGGCUCAGCUAACGUUAGCGAGCUGCAGACGGAGGGAUGUUUGGACGGAUGGACGUUUGAGAGCUCAGAGUUCCUCGCCACCACCGUCUCCGAGUGGGAGCUGGUGUGUUCUCUGCGUCCUCUGAAACAGAUGAUUCAGAGCAUCUAUAUGGGCGGAGUUUUAACCGGCGCCAUCAUCUACGGUGGCCUUUCAGACAGGUGA